AUGGCGUUUGCAGAAAACCUACCCACGGUGCAGCCGUGCUACCCACUGAUCGGAAACGGAAUGAACGUUCUGUGGAAAACCGACGAAGAACGCUUCUCCAGUAUGAUGGGAGGAUUCCAAAAUCCAGCUAAAUUGUUCAAAGCCUGGCUAGCCGUCGUUCCGUUGAUCUGUACCGGCGAUCCGGAAAUGAUUCAAAAAAUACUUAACCACCCACAAUGCCUGCAAAAGGCGCCCUUCUAUGACAUGAUCAGAUGUGAGUUCGGUUUGUUCGUGGCACACUACAACAUCUGGAAACGUCAACGGAAAGCAUUAAAUUCUACAUUUAAUGUAAAGAUUUUGAACGGAUUUGUUCCCAUUUUCGAUCGGCAUGCUCAAGUAUUAGUUGAAGAUCUUUUAAAAUAUCCGACAGGAAAGAAGGUUCAAAUCACAAGCUAUACGAUACGAUGCGCAUUGGCGAUGGUUUGCGGUACAACAAUCGGUUGUGACAUCCAUGAAGACCAGAAAGCAGAUAAGUUUUCCCAGUUGUUUGAUACAAUUGCAGAGAUGGUAUCAAUGAGAAUGGUAAACCCCAUUUUGCACGUGGAAUUUAUUUACCGGCUAACUAGUAGCUAUAAGAUGGAAAAAGCGGCACGAACAGAAAUUUACGGUUUUAUUAACAAGAAUGCCAAGAUUCAAAGGGCCAGUCGAACAGAACCAUCUGAAAGUUCGGAUCAAGGCGACUAUCGGAAACCAAAAAUUUUCAUCGAUCAACUGUUGGAUCUUUACGAGCAGAAUUUUUUCAGUGAAACUGAAGUGUUCGAUAAUGUUAUCACAAUGAUUGCAGCAGGCACUGACACAUCCGGCACAAUAUUGGGAAUUAUCGCACACAUGCUUGCCAUACAUCCACAACUACAGGAGAAAGUUUAUCAAGAAAUUAAAAAAGUUUUCCCAGCGCAUGACGAAUUGAGCAUCACACCUGAGAAGUUGGGUCAACUACAGUACACAGAAAUGUUCAUCAAAGAAACCCUUCGGCUGUUCCCGAUAACUCCCAUAAUUAUGCGGAAAACUAUGCGCGAAAUUGAACUGGACGAAAUCAAGAUACCCGCUGGUACGCUGCUGACAGUUUGCAUUCACAGCCUGCACCGAAGAACGGAAAUCUGGGGAUCCAAGGCGGAAGAAUUCAAUCCUGAGAAUUUCACUUCUGAACGAAUCGAGAGUCGGCACCCUUUCGCGUACAUUCCCUUCAGUGGUGGUAAUCGAAACUGUAUUGGUUUCCGAUAUGCUAUGAACAGCAUGAAGACUGUAAUUGUACACCUGCUGUUGAAUUUUAAGCUCAAAAGCGAUUUGAUGCGUGCCAGUGAUCUUCGCCUGAAGUUUGCUGGUUUACUGAAAUUAUCCGCAGAACCGGGCCUCACUUUGGAACAACGCGCGUAA